GCGGAAAAAGCAGCCAAGCAGGCCAGCAAGGGGGAGAAGAAGAUCAAGAACAAGACUGCCAAGCUCGAGGGCAGUGACGCCGAGGAUGUCGACCUGGACGAGGUGCUGGAGGAGUAUCGCCGCCAGCAGGAGCAGUUCCUGAAGAUCACGGAGACGGUCGUCGACGGCCCUCCGAAGCCUCGGGCUGCGUCCACGCUUCUGGCGUCUCCGCACGAGAGCAACAGCCUGCUUCUGUUUGGAGGCGAGUACUUUAACGGUUCGGUUGCGCAUUUCUUCAAUGACCUGCACAUCUACAACAUCAACCGUGAUGAAUGGCGCUGUGUGACGUCCCCCAAUGCGCCUCUGCCACGGUCUGGACAUGCUUGGACGAGAGCCUCCAACCCCAACUAUGUGUAUAUGUUUGGAGGAGAAUUCUCGUCUCCGAAGCAAGGCACCUUUCACCAUUAUUCCGACUUCUGGAGGCUGGAGCCCGCGACAAGAGAAUGGACCAAGAUCGAGGUCAAGGGCAAGGACAAGAGUCCGCCGGCGCGCAGUGGCCACCGGAUGACUUAUUGGAAGCAAUACAUCAUCUUGUUUGGGGGCUUCCAGGACACUUCCAACCAGACAAAGUAUCUGUCAGACCUGUGGAUUUUCGACACAGUCAACUACAUCUGGCACAGCCCUGUGCUGCCGCCCGCCCAGCUCAAGCCGGAUGCUCGCUCUUCCUUUACCUUCCUGCCGUCUGAGCAGGGCGCCGUUCUUUUCGGAGGGUAUUCGAGGGUCAAGGCCACGGUGCAGCUGAAGAAGAACCAAAAGGGAAAUCAACACCAGGCGCAGAAGAACGUCCUCUUGCCCAAGGUUCACGAGGAUUGCUUCUUCCUCAGGAUGUCUUUGCCUCCGGCCGAUGCAGGCCCGAACGUCGGACCCACCGUCCGAUGGGAGAAGCGCAAGAAGCCUGCAAACUCGCCCAAUCCCACUCGUGCCGGUGCCACGAUGGCAUAUCACAAGGGUCGUGGCAUCAUGUUUGGUGGUGUGCACGACGUUGAGCAGAGCGAGGAAGGAAUGGAAAGCGAGUUUUUCAACCAGCUGUUUGCGUGGAACAUCGAGAGAAACAGGUUCAUGCCUCUCUCCUCCCGUAAGCCACGCCAGCAGCAGAAGAAGAACGCGUCGGAGCAGCGGGUGGGAAGACGCGGCCGUGCCCAGGCGAACGAGGAGGAGCUCCUCCGACAGCUGGCGGCACUCCAAGCGGGAACCUCUUUGGAGGAUGCAGACGACAUUGAGCUGGAGAAGAUGCUCGCCGAGCCAGAGGAGGAGGAGGAGAAGCCGGCUAGAGAGAUGCCGGUGUCCAUGGAGCCGCCGCAUAUGCGCUUCAAUGCUCAGUUGACAGUCCAGAACGAUGUGCUGUACAUCUAUGGCGGUACUUACGAGAAGGGGGACCGUGAGUUUACCUUUGACGAUCUAUAUGCGAUUGAUCUGGUCAAGUUGGAUGGGUACAAGGAGAUCUUUAGCAGGCCCGUUGAAGACUGGAUUGUAACUAUGCAGGAGUCCGAAGAUGAGGAUGAAGAUGAUGAGGACGAAGAAGACGAAGAUGAAGACGAGGAAGAGGAGGAUGAGGACUACCAAGAACCGGAGCAGCUUCACACGGCAAGCAAGCGCAAGAAGAAGCAAGACGAAGUAUCCGAGGUGUCUUCUGAGGCACCGCCCACGCCCUCGACUACAUCGGAAGAGGAUGAGAGCGAGACAGCUGCCACGUCGGUCGACGAUGGUCUGCCACACCCAAGGCCAUUUGAGUCACGCCGCGAAUUCUUUGUCCGCACCUCCGCCGAAUGGCAGGAGAUUCUCAUGACGAACCUCCGCUGGAAGAACAUCCAGCCGGAGACGCUGGCCAUCAAGGAGAUCAAGGCCAAGGCGUUUGAGCUCAGCGAGGAGAAGUGGUGGGACUGCCGCGAGGAGAUUACGGCGCUGGAGGAGGAGCAGGAGGCGGCGGGCAUCCAGGAGGUUGUGAGCCUUGCGGAGAGGGGCGAUGCGGGUGCUGUGGGGGGUGCGAGGAGGAGGUGA